UAAAACGAUUCAAGGAACCAAAGGAAGAGAGACGUCCCUGGAGGAUAUGGUUUUAUGAUACCUCUAAGCAAGCAAUAGGUGCCCUCUUCAUCCACUUUGCCAAUGUUUUUCUGUCGGAUCUCACCGAAGAGGACCCUUGCUCUCUCUACCUUAUUAAUUUCAUCCUUGAUGCCACGCUGGGGAUGCUGCUGAUCUGGCUUGGUGUGAAAGUUGUCUCCUGGAUCGUGCAGCAUAAGAAGUACACGUACCUGGUCUUCGGAGAAUAUGGUGACCCACCACAAGCCGCUGCCUGGAUUGGCCAGUGUAUCCUCUACUUGCUGAUAAUGGUUUUUGAGAAGACUGUGAUUAGCCUUGUCCUGCUUAUUCCUGGCUGGACAAAGCUUCAGCAGAUCCUCUUGGGUUACAUCCCAAACCCCCAGCUGGAGCUCGUCCUUGUCAUGCUUGUUGUGCCUUUUAUAGUCAAUGCCAUUAUGUUCUGGGUUGUGGACAGCUUGAUCAUGAGGAAAUAUAAGCAGAAGGACACCCUGGACAUCAAUGGGUCCAUAGAAACUCCUCGGGCUAGGAGAACUGAAGAAUCUCAG